AUGUACGCAAAAGACAUUGAAAGACGCGAUCUUUCAUCUCUCGAAUCGUGGAAAACUCCUCUCUGUCACAUCUUGGCUGCUUCUCCAAAGGUUUCAUUCCCGGAACUCAAGAAGAUUCAUGACAUAAUAGUCGUUUUGUACAGAAAACAACUGCAUGCUAUCUAUUCUCCUGCUGAUGUGCAAGCGGAUGAAAAGUUUACAAAGCUUUUAUACCCCAGUAUCCCUUCGGAUGAGCUUGUGGAAGCGUACAGCAAAGAAUUGAAGAAUGCAUUUCCCGCAGAUAUCCUGAAAGCAACCAAAAGCCCUACUCAAACAUCAUCCUCGUCAUCACCGAAUCCUCUUUCCUCCUCUCAUAGUACACCUCUCGCGGAUCCCCCUAACAUUAGUGCACCUGAUCCCUCCACGGCAUCCAGUGUACCAUCUGUCACAACGAAGCCGUCUGCUCGUUCAGGUCCCCCGACUUUUGAAGAAUUGGCUUUGCGUCUUGAACGAUUAAAACAGCCUUAA